UCUUCGUUCUUCCUUCUUCCAUCGUCGUCGCUGGUUCCUUCCAUAUAAAGCAGAGGAGGUCUCUCGAAGCCGAGCAACCCGAAGCGCGACUUCGUAACUCGAUCUGAACUGCAAGAGAAAAAAGCUCGAAAAAGGAAAGAGAGAGAGAGAGGCAGAGAAAAACAACGAUCCGUCGUCGUCUGGGUGGGUGGACCGACCUGUGCCCGGUGGAUCUUCGCAACUUACGAUCAAGCCUUCAGUCUUCGUUUCCCGCUUUUUACGACUCCUUCUCAAGCUAAUAAAAAUUCGAUAUCGGUGACUUCCGAGUGAGAAAUGCAUAAAUUUCCACUCAAGAUGUCACCUGCUUAUGGAUACACGGAUUCUCAUCCCCGUCAGAGCUACAUAACGCCUUGCAGGCAACAUCAACAGGCAAUGCCAGAUGAGAUUCCACCUCAACUGGGGAUCAACCCGACCGUAUUUCCUGUUCCACGUGAGCCCUUGCCAUACCCUUAUGCCGGUAAUUGCAGCUAUCCUGCGCCAUGCCAUGCUUGCUAUAACCACACGGCAACUCCCAGCUACUAUCACAGACCACCCUACCCUCACUUUUUUCCAGCCACCACCGUUUCAUGGUUGGGGACCUUAUCCUGGGAAUGCCGAACCCUUUGCUAGUCAUUAUGAACUGCCCUACCCACCAGCUUAUCCAUUGGAACGACCAUAUGUGGUUCGACAACACCAUUGCUGUGGAUGCCCUAAUCAUGUAUGUGACCCAAAGAACGAAAAGGGUGUCAAGAUAGAAGAGCAGGUGCCACUAGAUUCAGACAAGAAGGGUGAGAAUUAUUCAGAGUCCUUGGUGCCAGCGAACUGGAGAAACUUUCCAUAUCCGAUUGUUUGGAUCCCACCUGAAAAUAACAGGAACAAAGAGCAGGGAAUCGAUGCCAAACCAAGGAUCAUAGAUCUUGAUACUGCUUCCCAGGAAAAGAAACCAGCUCUUUCAUCAUUGCAGAAGGAACCUGGGUGGAAUAGUUGGUUUCCUCUCUUCAUGGGUGACCAUGACCAUUCAAAACCAGGAGGAGAAAAGAAAAGAUCUCAUAAUCAGCAUGUGCGCGACAACGAAAGUAGCUAUCCAUUUCCUGUCAUCUGGAUUCCUUCUUUUGAUAAACAAGAGGAGGCAGGGGCUGAGAAGGACCAACAAGCCAAUACACGGGAAUCUCCUGAAUCCAAUUUCACGGUAUUCCCGAUGCAGAUUCAUAACAAUCAUAAUAAAACUUCAGAUGGAGGACCGCAAGAAAACUAUGAAAAUGAUGUUGGGUCACACCAUCAGGAUGCGGAGAAGAACAUUCAUGUGAAAGACAUAGAACCUUGUGUGGGCAAGAAUAACUCGCGAGACUCUCAAGAAGCAGCAGCAAAUGCCUUGAAAAAAAGAGCUAUAGAUACCCUCGUUGAUAGAGUCCCUGGAUCUGAUGCCAGAAAGUCAUCAUCAUCCCCGACGAAAACAUCAAAGUUGCCCCCAGUUUGUCUGAGAGUUGAUCCCUCGCCGAGGAAGAAAGGCCGCAAUGGUAGUUCAAGAUCUCCUAGUCCUCCAAGUUCUGAAACAAAAUCUCGCAGUUCAAGUGAUGCAUCUUCUACAGACAGUAACGAACAAAAGUCACGCGCCCAAAGCAUAAACAGAACUUCAGAGGAGCACCCGAAAAGGAAAGAAGUGAAAGUCAUUGAGGUGAAGGAGGAAACUCCUAGUCCUAGCAACAACAAUAACGGAGACUUACAAAGCAGUUUGCAGGUUGAAUAUCCAGAAAAGAUUAAAGAGAACAAAGACCACAGUGAGAUGGAGGAGGUUUGUGAAAUUAAAGAGGACGAGGGAGCUACAAUUGCAGGUGAUGAAAUCACCGAAAAAAGAUGUAAGGAGUUGGAAGCCUCAAGAACUCUAUCUGAUGAAGAAGCUGCUAUGCGCAUUCAGUCUGCCUAUCGCGGUUUCCAAGUGAGGAAAUGGGAGACCCUGAAGAAACUAAAGCAAAUGGCGAAGGUUCGUGAUGAGGUGACUAAGGUAAGGAAGAGUAUCGAGCAGCUAGCAUCUUCAUAUGACACUUUGCCUGAUCAAGGGAAACUUGACAGGCAGAAAGUACUCAUUGGAGAAUCUAUAAUGAAUCUUCUUCUACGACUUGAUACAAUUCAGGGAUUACAUCCUAAUUUGCGAGAUAUUCGAAAAUCAUUGGCGAGGGAGCUAGUUACUUUGCUGGAGAAACUCGAUUCUUUGACAAUGAAGUGCCUGGAGGAAUCUGUUGAUAACUCUGAUACUGCAAGGAAUGAUGAAUGUACGGUCAGCAAGAAAGAACACCAUGAGGAAGCAAAGAGACAGUUUGAAGAGAGCCUUUCAGUUAGUGAGAACAUUGGCGGUCAAAUUAAAUCAGACGAACUGCAACUUCUCAAGGCUGGAAAUUCGGUAUCUGAACCCUCAGAGAAUGCAUGCUCGGGUAUCAUUGAUGGUCAGACACAAGUGGCAGUCAAGGAUUUGAAAAGGGAAACAUCAGCAUCCUUGGAUGUGGAGUCGCAACAAGCUGCCUUGCAGCAUUGUCCUGUACAGGACUUCAGACAUCUAAACGAAAUUGAUGAUGGCGAACCAUCUGUGGUCAACAUUAUAAAGCCUAUAGAGACUAAUCCGGAGCAUCCUUCUGGAGGAAAGUAUGAGAGACUAGAGGUGGCCACGGUGGAGAAAAGUAUCUAUGAUUCUAUGGUUGAAGAUGAGAUUAGGCUGGCAUCCGAUUCAGGAGAUGGAAGCAGCACAAAGAUGGAGUUUAUGAUCAAAGAUCAAGGAACUUCUGCUCUGCAACCGUUGCCACAAGCAGAUGAGGAGAAAGUAGCCAUGGCGUCGGACAGUGCGGGAGUGGAGCCGGAUACUUUUACUGGCCCAACCCUGUGCACUGGAGAUGAUGACUUGAUAUCUCAUGGAAGAGAACCUGAAGUGGAAGCAACAAGCAAGAUUCAUAUUGCAGAAGAAGAUGUUGCGGAUUCUGUGCUUAGCAUGCAUGAUAAGUUUGGCAAAGUAGAUUCUGUGCUCAAUGGACAUGAUAAGUGCGAUGAAGGUAGCGAUGCUGUUACUUCUCCAGAAAAUUUUGGCAAACUGACCAUUGAGACGCAGCAGCUGGAAGUGCCCAAAGCAUUGACUUCAGAUUCGGAAGUAGUUGACAAUGUGCAUCUAGAGCAACUGGUUGCACCAGGACCAGAUGAUUUGUCACCUGCUGGCUCUCUAAAGAGUGAGGAUUCUUCUCAGGAUGCAUCCAUUGGAGCGGAACGUGGCCAGAGACAUGAAGAGGGUAUCAGCGAUGAAACUCUUUUGCCUCCUCGACCAGAAGAAGCUCAGCUAGGGAUGUUAGGACCCGCAGAGAAGGAAGAAUUGAUUGCAGCAAAUGUGAAGGAUAUCGACCUGACAACACAUGUUGGAGAGCAAGUGGAUGAACAAGGAGAUAAUCGCGAGGAGGAGGUGGUUGUUGCUCUGGAAAAAUCUAUCUCAGAUGAAGGUGCUGAGCAAGUCGGGCAGUCACUGCUUAGUCUCGAUGAUUUAAAUGGGAGCAGGCCUGUGGAGGAGAUGGACGGCAAUCAGAAACUAAUCAAAGAGAACGAGAAACUGAGGGAGAUGAUGGAGAAACUGAUGGAAGCGGGGAAAGAGCAGUUGAACUUGAUAUGUGAAUUGACUGGAAGAGGGAAGGAUUUGGAGAGGAGACUGGCCAGGAAUAAGAGGGUGAAAUCAAGGUGCAGAACGGUGGCGGCAAAGCCUCGAUCUGUGCAUGCCAAGUCGUGCGCGGAUUCUAUGAAUUGA